AUGUCGUGGAAAGCUUCAGAGCGUCUGAUGGAUACUAUCCGUCACUAUGCUCGGUUUCCCGCCACUGGUGUCAGCUUGCGCCAGAUGGUCCAGUUCGGCGAGAAACCCUCAGUCGCCGAGGAGCUUCCAAUCCGUCUAGCUCAUCGCGUGCAAGAGCUCGACGAGCUCCCAGAUGGUCUUAAUGAGAUGCCCUCUGUCAUUAAAGUCAAAGAUUGGUACGCUCAAUCGUUCGAGGAAAUCACACAACUACCUCGGCCACAGUUACCCUCGGAUAUCCGAAGCCGCCUCAUGAAACCCAGCAAAGCUAUCGGUCGCAAUGCUUUUCGCCUUCCUGCCGCAACCCCCAAUCCCUCUAUCGACGAGGGCGAAGCCGACGGUUGGGGCGGUCUUCAGAACGACAAUGGCAAAGCCAAGGCCGCUGCGCGCCGGUACUUUGCUAUUGUUGACGACUCGAGCGACUGGCCCGCCGAUCUUCACCUGUACAAUCAACGUUUCGCUCAGACUUUGCACCACAUCAAGCGCCGUCACGAUGGUGUCGUUACCACAAUGGCUCAAGGCAUCCUCGAAUACAAGCGCCGCCGCCAGCGCAUGCAGAUCGACAGCACCAUCCAGUCCUUCCUCGACCGCUUCUACAUGUCCCGUAUCGGUAUCCGCAUGCUUAUCGGCCAGCACAUCGCACUGACAGACCAAAGCCAUCAUCGCGACCCCACCUAUGUCGGUAUUAUUUGUACCAAGACCAAUGUCCAAGAUCUCGCUCAGGAAGCCAUUGAGAACGCCCGGUUCGUCUGUGAGGAUCACUAUGGUCUUUUCGAAGCUCCCAAGGUCCAACUCGUCUGCAACCCCAACCUGAACUUUAUGUACGUUCCCGGUCAUCUGUCGCACAUGCUUUUCGAGACCCUUAAGAACUCUCUGCGCGCCGUUGUCGAAACCCAUGGUAUGGAGAAGCAAGCUUUCCCCGUUACAAAGGUUAUCGUUGCCGAAGGCAAGGAAGAUAUCACCAUCAAGAUCUCUGACGAAGGCGGUGGUAUCCCUCGAAGCGCUAUCCCUCUCGUCUGGACUUACAUGUACACCACUGUCGAUCGUACGCCAAGCUUAGAUCCCGAUUUCGACAAGAGCGACUUCAAGGCCCCGAUGGCUGGUUUUGGAUAUGGUUUACCCAUCUCACGUUUAUACGCGCGCUACUUCGGCGGUGACUUGAAACUCAUCAGUAUGGAAGGGUUCCCCCUUGGGUUCUUCGCAAACGACUACAAGGCCGAAGCCGCGAGAUAUCGGAACGGAAACAGGAACGCACAGCUCACUUGGAUAUUCGAAAGAGGAGGAAAGAGAUUACUUGAUUCGAGGGACGAAGAUCCCACUACACCAGAACACCGCACCAUGUGGUUUACACAACCCGAGGGACCGCUCUCCAUGGAGGCCAGUCUAAAAACCAACGUUGGGAAUCUCUACAGUCUCACAAAGCGUGCUGUUGCACGCAUGUUUGGACAAUAA